GGCGAUGACAGGACUGGGCACGGGUAUAGGUGGCACAUCACAGACCAGCUCGUUGUGCAAUGAGUUGGUGCGCUUUAGCCGUUGCUCGGUUCUUUACAACCUGGAUAGCGUGUGUGUUAUACCUGCCAAACACAUCGUCGGUCUCGUAAAUAAACGAUUGAAUUCGUCUCUCCCGCUCUCCGUUGCUUUACAUUUUGUAGUCGUUGCACUUUUUGUUCGUGUGUUUAUAAGCUUGCGUGCGGACGCGGCCAGUUCUUAAUUCCGUCAUUGUGCCCACAGGGAGUGGUGCCACACAUCAUCUCCUCGAAUAGGUAGCCAUAUUACCAGGUGGCACCAGAGGGCUGUUUUUAUUUUUCUCUCGCACGUUUGUCUGACGCGUUUCGUGUUUAUUGCGCACAUGGCGAGUGCGUGACAGAAGUACGAGUUUUGCAGAGUUUGCAGCCUGUCGAUUAAGAUUGCUGUACGUGUGAAAAGAAUCGGAAAAUUAAUUAAAGUGCACGCCAGGGAGUAACAGAAAAACGCGCAUCUGAAAGACGAAAGCAGAGGACACCGAGCUGACAAAACGAAGGAGGAAAGAAACCGUCACGAAAGUCUGCCAGCGGCGCCCAUCACGAAGUUUUACAGCCCACCAUGCAGCGUCCCAGCCCACCAGUGAGGCAGCCAAAGACCCGCCAGGCUCUGGCAGGAACUGCAGCGAGGAGACCCCAGGACAUCAAACGAAGGCACGUCGGCGGACACCGCAAGCAGCGGGACAGGGGCGCCGAGGUAGGCGCGGGUGGAGCGGGACACCUGCCGCCGGCCGAGCGGCGCUUCUCAGCGGAGCGGACCCGGGCGGCGGUGAUGCCGCUACUGGAGGAGCGUCUCCGGGGGGUCGAGUACGAGGCAGAUGGCAGUUCCGCGCUGGCUCUGGAGCUUGCCGAGAGGAUCAAAACGGCGGUGCGGGCUCUCUACCAUGAGCGCUAUAAGAUCGUGUGCUUUGUGGUGCUGGGCUCGGUGCCGCGGGCGGAGGUGCGCUGCUGCAGCCGUGGCAUGUGGAGCGGGGCGGCCGAUGGCUUCGUCGAGUGCGCCUUUCAGAAUGGCUCUCUGUAUGCGCUGUGUGUAGUGUACGCAGUUUACCACGAGUAGGCGCUGAGACGGACCCCUAGGUAGAGGUGAGCUGACCAGUGAAUAUUCGGGGGUUUGACUGACCAUUAGGGCAGACACUCCGCUCUCGGCUCGGCCCUUGUGCCUGUGCAGGUAGACCCCAUAGUUAGUUGUGGACACGUCAGGGUGUAGCGUCCGCAGGGGUCUCACAUGGUCAGCCACAGCACUUGUAGUUAGAACAGCGCACAUCCACGCAUGGUGCAGGGGUCCGGUGAUUAGGGCAGCCUGCUGCUGGUGGUCACUGCAAUGCGGUCACCACGCGCUUAGAGAGAGAUACAAGCAGCUCAGAGGUCCGUGUCACGGGCAGCAGGGCUAAAUCUGUUUUAUGUAUUUAUAGAGGAAAGCCAAGAGAUGUUAAGGCACAGUCAUAUAGCGCCUUGACUUAGGGUGAAAAAUGUCAACAAACAUAACUGGUACAAGUGACAGGAAUCAUCGACUUGUCCUUGGAAUACGAUCGUUGGGAAUAUGCAAAUGUUUUUGGAAGCUCCAGAAGUUCACACCUGAAUUAAGUUUUGGACAUCUGCGAUGGGGUAAUGUGGAACGCCAGGCCGGGACGAUUUUGUAAUCCACUUAUCCAAUUUGUGGGAAAUGAAUACAUUUCUAGAGUCAUUGACGGCUCUUGAAAGGAAGCACGUCCUAAAAAGUGGCAAAUUCCUGCGCAUUUACCAAACUGUUAGUUUUGAGAAAGCAGUUGAGUGCAGUUGUGGGGGGGGGGGGGGGUGUGGGGAGGUACUUAACCCGGGUCGCCGUUGUCUACAGCUGGACUGAGAGGCCGCUGGCUGUCUUUUCUGCUUCAUUCUGCUCAGAAUACUUUAAAAAAUAAAACUAAAAAUAAAAACCCAAA